AAGCUAGUGAGAGAGUAAAGGCAUGUGUGGGUCGGUGGUUUCAGAUACAGAGCGCGAAUUUGAAUUUCAUUUCUGGGGUUUUGGCCAUUUGGGGAAGAAGAAGAGAGGGUAAUAAUGGCGGGAAAGCGUUCGUCGCCGUUCUCUUCUCCGUUGCUGAGACCACCACCACCGGAGCUUCUGAAUGUGAAGGAGGAAGGAGAAACGGAGACGUCGUGCUGGAGAAAGGAGGUGGACGAGAACUUGAAGCGUCUCCAAUCGUUACUCUUUGGCGCCGACCAAUUCCUGGAGAAAUCUGAUUUUUCUUCUGCUCAGAUCCUUGGGCUUCGUCUUCUAGGUUUCCUCGAUUCUCGCUCCGUUACUGAUGCCGAUCGUGAUUUCAUUGGUCCCAUUCGCCGAGAAGUUGCUUCUAAGGUCGAUUUAGCUUUGGAAGGACUCGUUACAGAUUCGGAUCGGAAAGCGUUUGAGCUUGCAAAUACAGCUCCAGGACCUAUUUUUGGCAGCAGAGGUGGAUUUGAUGUGGAGAAGAUUAAGCAGUCAAAACACUUUGGUUAUCAUCUCAGUCAAUUUAACGGAAAGGGUGUUAAAGAGAUGUUCAACUAUGAUUUCUGUAAGCAUUACUAUGAUGUUUUAUCUAAGAAUCACCUACUCUUCAACAUAGAUGUUUUCUUGUUUCAGGAAGAACGACAUGAUACAGAUAAGUUGAUUCCCAAAGCACCAAAGUCAAUGAUGCAAGCCAAACUGACAUCAUUGUAUGGAAACAGCAUUGGUAAACAAGAUAAUCAGCGCAAAACUUCCGUGAACAAUCAAGACCGUGCCUCUGAUGAAUGUGUCAUUGUCGAGAGAAGUCAUGGAUUUGGUUUUGGAACAAAGCGAACUCAUGCAGAAACUAGCAGCCUCGCAAAUGAUGGGGAAAUAAAGGCAGAUGGAGCUCCUAAUGGAUUUGUAUCCGCCAAAAUAAAAAUGGAAAUGGAUGUAAGACAAAGACGAGGAUCAACCGAGUCACCAAGUUCUUGUCUUUCUCCACAUAGUGAAAAAAAUGCUUUGGGUAGGGGCUAUGGUUCAAGAUCGGGUGGGUUAAGACGUGGAUACCGUGGUAAUUUUGUGCCUCCUGUUAAAUCUAAUGGGAAUAAUGUUGGAAACUUGACAUCUCGUAUUGGUGGAAAGACUGACGAUGCACUGGAUGAGUCAACCAGAACAUGUUUGGAGAUGCUCUGUGGUCCUGAUGGUGAGCUUCCCGAGAAGUUGAGAAAUUUGGAACCUCGUCUUAUAGAGCAUGUCAGCAACGAGAUUAUGGAUCGAGACCCCAAUGUCCGCUGGGAUGAUAUUGCUGGUCUGGAGCAUGCUAAAAAGUGUGUAACUGAGAUGGUCAUUUGGCCAUUGCUGCGUCCUGACAUUUUCAAAGGUUGUCGUUCACCUGGAAAAGGACUUCUUCUCUUUGGCCCACCAGGAACUGGUAAAACGAUGAUUGGAAAAGCUAUAGCUGGAGAAGCAAAAGCAACAUUUUUCUAUAUAUCAGCCAGUUCAUUGACAAGCAAAUGGAUUGGCGAAGGUGAAAAGCUAGUGAGGGCCCUUUUUGGAGUUGCGAGUUGCCGCCAGCCCGCUGUGAUAUUUGUGGAUGAAAUAGAUUCUCUACUAUCUCAGCGUAAGUCAGAUGGUGAACAUGAAUCUAGUAGAAGACUCAAGACACAAUUCCUGAUUGAAAUGGAAGGUUUCGACAGUGGCAGCGAGCAAAUUCUCCUUAUAGGAGCAACAAAUAGACCCCAAGAGCUCGAUGAAGCAGCAAGAAGACGACUAACCAAGAGACUCUACAUUCCUCUUCCUUCAUCUGAAGCAAGAGCAUGGAUUAUACAGAAUCUCCUAAAGAAAGAUGGGUUGUUUACACUGUCGGAUGAUGAUAUGAACAUCAUAUGCAACCUAACGGAAGGGUACUCGGGAUCAGAUAUGAAGAACCUGGUGAAAGAUGCAACUAUGGGUCCAUUAAGAGAAGCUCUCAAACGAGGGAUAGAUAUAACUAACCUGACCAAAGAUGACAUGCGUCUAGUAACUCUUCAGGAUUUUAAAGACGCAUUGCAAGAAGUAAGGCCUUCUGUUUCUCAGAACGAACUCGGAAUCUACGAAAAUUGGAACAAUCAGUUUGGUAGUUUAAGCCUAUAAGACUGAGAUCGGUGAGUUAUACAAACAAUAUAUCAUAUAUUAUCUU